GAGUACGCGUCAAAUUAAUUCCAGCAAACUCCCGGACUCCCCGGGACAACUUCAAUUUGCUUUUAUCGGAUGAAGAUCACUUCGGCGCCGCUGUGUACCUCUCACUUGCUUUCAAAAAGAAAAAACAGAAGGGGGCUACGCUGCAGUGGGAAGAGAUUUCGGGAGGUCUCGUGUUCCUCCUCUGGGGCUCACUCCACAAGUUCCCCUUCCUUCUCUGCCUUCUCUCGGACGCAUUCAGCCAUUUGAAGGGACACCUACAUUCCCCCAGCAUCUCGAAACAUAUUGGCAAAUGGAGCAAACCUAUGGAGAGGUGAACCAGUUAGGCGGCGUGUUCGUCAAUGGACGACCCCUGCCCAACGCCAUACGGUUGAGAAUCGUGGAGCUGGCUCAGCUCGGGAUCAGGCCCUGCGACAUCAGCAGGCAGCUCCGGGUCUCGCACGGCUGCGUGAGCAAGAUUUUGGCGAGAUACAACGAGACGGGCUCCAUCUUACCCGGUGCCAUCGGCGGGAGCAAACCGCGGGUCACGACGCCUAACGUGGUGAAGAAUAUCAGGGAAUACAAACAAAACGACCCCGGGAUCUUUGCGUGGGAGAUCCGGGACAGGCUUUUGGCGGACGGAGUUUGUGACAAGUACAAUGUCCCGUCGGUGAGUUCGAUCAGCAGGAUUUUACGCAACAAGAUUGGGAAUCUCUCACAGCCCAACCAGUACGAGGGCGGCAAGCAAGCGUCCGCGCAGGCCGGCCUCUCCUACAACCACAUAUACCCUUAUUCCUACCCCAACACCAUGUCGCCAAAGAUGAGCAGCGCUGCUGGAGUACCGGUGACGGCCGGGCACAUGAGCUUAUCCAGGGCCUGGCCUUCUGCGCACACCGUCAGCAACAUCCUCGGCAUACGAGCCUUCAUGGAUUCCACAGCCAUGGCUGGUGCGGAGGGAUAUCCACCAAAAAUGGAGGAGUGGAGUAGCGUCAACAGAGCAGCUUUCCCAGCGGCUCACACGGUCAACGGGAUCGACAAAUCCGCCAUUGACGCCGACAUAAAAUACGCUCAGCCUUCCUCCACGUUGUCCGGUUAUGUCUCGGCGUGUGCUUACUCUCCCACCAACCAGUACGGGGUGUACAGCGGGUCGACGGGCGGCUAUGUGGCCGCGGGACACCACCACUGGCAGCCGCAGAGCCAGGCCCUGUCCCACCCGGGCGGCGGGAUGGGCAUGCACGCGGGGGAGAUCCACUCAUCGAUGGCCUUCAAGCACCACCAUGCCCGAGAAGGAGACAGAAAACCGCCCAGUCCGCUGAGCAAGCAGCAGCAGCAGCAGCAGCAGCAGCAGCAGCAGCAGCAGCAGCAGCAGCAGCAGCAGCAGCAGCAGCAGCAGCAGCAACAUGGAGACAUGAACAGUGUGCAUGGACUCAGUCUCCCUACCUCAUCAUCAUAACCGGGACUUACACCACCUUAAUUACCAGACCCUUUUAAAUGAACUCAUUUCAACAAUCUCCAACAGUAAGUCUGAACUCUAUACCGCCCCCACCCCCCCCCCACCCCCC